CCAUUAUUGUCACUAAAAUUUUCUGCUAUCCUAUUUAGACUGUAACUCCGUUUUUUGAUACAUGUAUACACAAGAAAGGUUUAGUCCACCUAUUAACCUAUUUCGAACGUUUAGGAUUGACAUACAAAGCUCUUUCUGUUUGCGAGAGCAGCCAGGGGCGAAACGUUGGUCGAGUCUCCCCCACCUAAGGAAGUUGGGAGUAUUUCACAAUAGUGUCGUUGGAUCUUUAAAAUGAUGUACGCAGAAACUUUAAGGAAUAUGCGCAGACGGUCUGCAUUGACAGAAUGAUACCUAGUUAAUAGCCUGCACUAAAGCAACUGCAUGAGCUGGAAAUCAAGGCGGAAGAACCGUUCGCAAUAAUAUGAUAAAAAGACGUCCUUACUCUAUCCAUACUAGUAAGAUGAAUACACAGCUGCAAAAUUCCGUUGUGACUGGAGGUGGUAACGAAGUUGCAAUACGGGAAUUCCAAGACCAAGACCUUCACGACUGCCGAGAGAUUUUCACUCAGGGAAUGGAGCAGUUGAUCAGUCUAAUAGCACGUAUUGUUUUCCCGAAAUAUAUUUGGAUUUUAUCGGCUUGGAGCAUGCUUGUUUUCGUUCUCGUCAUCAAAUUCCAAUGGACCGCAUACAUCUUCACCCUCCUUGUAAUUACUUGUGUCUUGUUUGCUGCUUCGUUGUAUCUUAAUCUGUAUAUGGAAUGCUGGAGGUUCAUCGAUUCCUGUCUAGCAACAGACUUAAAGGAUAUUGGAAAGUGCUACAUGUCCAAUGAAAAAUGUCGCAUGUGGGUGGCUGAGUGGAACGGUAAAGUUGUGGGAAUGGUGGGACUGAUGCACAACGAAAGUCACAAACCAGGUGUGGGCGAACUUCAAAGGAUGUCUGUAUCACCAGCCUGUAGAAGAAUGGGAAUCGCUAGGAAACUACUCGACGAACUGCUUAAACAUGCCAAGCAUCAGCAUUUUCACAAGGUUGUUCUAACCACCACAAGUGCACAAAUACCAGCCAUUCGACUGUACAAGAAAUACGGCUUCAAACUCAGAACCUCCAUUCCUUAUCCUCAAAAGAUUCUUAGUGAUCUGCAACACUAUUGCUUCGAGUUCGAGUUAUGACCUUAGCUGUUUUUUUUUUUCCUUUUCGUUGUAUAAAAGAUCCAAAUCCUACACAUCUUCAGUUUUUAGGUGAAUUAUCUUGCUAAACCCUCAACAUGAGUGAUUGUGCGGCAGCAGGUAAACCAGAUCAUUAUGAAGGAGAUUUGAACCUUUCCAUCAUGGUAAGGAAUGUUGUAUAACGUAGACCGUAGAGCUAUGCUCGUUGGACUCAAUUUAAUUUAGCAUGAAAACCAAACGUGUAUUUUCCGGCCAUUAUGAAUGGUCUUGCAAAUGGAAUUAUUUUGAGAAGAAAUAUGAUCAUGGACACACCGCUGUCUACUAAAAUUUGCUCAUGCUCUAAAAUCAUCUUGACUAUGUAAUGCAUCAAAUUCUAGUUUUACUCGACUUGCAAUUAUUACUUUUCAACCAGAGAAAUGCUUUAAAAGAACGAUAGAGUUGGAUUAAAGUAAGCUAGGAUUCUUCCCCUCCCUUUUCACGAGAUGAAGGUUUUACUGUUUUCUCCUCGCAGAAAUACUACAUGGAUGGCUUGAAAAAGGUUUUCGUAUACGCACACAGACAAGCUGGGACAAAUAAAUACAUGUAAGAGGCCGUCUUGGCAACUGGUCACGAUACAGGAAAGAGGCUUUACCGCUCAGUCACGGAUUGAGCCACAAAUUGACCACAAUUUCUGGCCAAAUCCAUUCAAUAAUUCAUUAUUUGUGAUUCCUCAAAGAGUUCUUAGUGAGCUAUCCUUUUUCCGUCUUGGUUUUGAAGCAUCUUUUUUUGCAUGUUUGUCCAUCCUUGUGAACUGAUAGCUGCCAUGUCAGGUUGGCAUGUUUUCAUCUUCCAGGCGAAAAAAACUGAAAACUGAACAAAACAAACCAAACCGAGAAAAACAAAACAAAAGGAAUAAAUUAACAGAAACAGAAACUAAAAGUAAGGAACAAAACGAAAACAAAAUGAACGAACAAAAAACAUAUAACUUACUGAUCUCUCACAUUUCAAAAUGAUGACAGGAAGUUGAAAUGUCACGUUACGCUAUUUUCGUUAGCUUUCCUUCUAAAAACAAAUCUUGACUUAUGCCAAAUUGGCUCGUUUAAGAUUGAGACAACUGACAUGGAAACACAGUUGCGUAAUUGCUUCCUUUUUUUCUUGGAAAAGAAGCUUCACCUUUCUGAUGGUGGGUGACUAAUCCUGCUUCUGCCUCGUAGUCACAUACAACGUUCUGUAAGUGACUAGCUUCAUUAAUAUGCGAUGUAAACAUAACUGUACCAUAUCUGUGCACACUUGGGGUUAUAUUUACUUAAGAUCUGAUAACUUACAAUUAUGAGUCCUUUUGUAAUUGCAAAUGGAGAUAUUUUAUGCUAUUUCUGUGAGUGGGGAUUUCAUCAUAGUUGGAUAGAGAACAGAAUACUUUGUUAAAAAUUACAAACUCGGAGAUUAAAGAAAUUUCCAACAUUUUUCUAAACUUUGUAAAUUAAUUG